AGUUAGAUUUGUUUUAUACUUCGAAAUUGAAUUAUCAAUUUGUGUUUUGUUUUGUUUCGUUUCUCUUAUCGCUUUUGUUCAAAUUAUUUUAUUUCCGCGUACCUUCGAUUCUUAUUUAUGGCCAUUUUAUAUCGAUCCAACGUGACUACCAUCCGAAACUGCAUCGACGAAUACCAGACGCUUUCCAAAAACGUGAAGAUAAUUCCGAGCCAAUUUAAAUCCAGUGUGGAAUUGGACCACUGUAAAAGUCCACUCCAAGCUCUGAAUUAUCUGGGGGUGAUACAUGCUGUAUAUCGGGUAACCUAUUCUGUGUAUCGACAAGAGCAUGGCCAAGUGCAUGGAUGCAAGAUGACGGGCUCUGAUUCAAGCCUCAUCAGCGUGCAAGCGUACGGCUCGAAGCCAUUGGUUGCUCUGAACGCUUGCUGUGCUAAGCUUCUGGUGAUUUAUUAUAAAAGUCCUGAGCUGGCAGAAAAACUUAUGGUACGAUUCAGAGACUUGCAAGAGCCAGGAUCUUUUGUUCUAUAUUUGCAACCGUUUAUACAAAAGCCUCUGGUUAAUCGAUUGGAAGACAUCGAUGCAACGCGUGCACACAUUCAGAGGCCAUUCGUACACAGAAUGCUCGUACAAGAUUCUGGAGCUAUAGUUCAAGCAACCUCAGAUUCGAACUCUUCACCUCAAAUGUCGAUAAUCAACAGUUCUUCAUACUCAGCUCAACAAACGCGCUCUACGUCCGGAAAACGAGAACUAAUUCUGUUUGAUGGUAACUUGGAUAAAUCUUCUCGUGAUGGUGAAUCGGAGACUUUUCUGCAAAAUGAACAAAGAAAGUCAAUGCAAGAUAAAAACAACAACUUAACCGUGCAAAGAUGUCUUAAGACUUCAAAGCAAGAUUCAAAUCAACCAGUCUCUACCGAAAAAGAUGAUCGAUGUCGGAAAAAUGGUGCCGAGAGCUCUGAAAAGGAAUUUUUUUUUGGCUGUUCGAAGAAACAGUUUGCUCAGAUGCAGAGGUUGUUCAUGCAAAAUAUUAAAUUGAAUGAUAAACAACGUGAACAAUUCGCUCUGAUUUUAACCCAAGCAUGCUGGAAAAAAAUUGACCAGUUAAAAUCCUUACGGAUGCCGGAUUCGAUCACUUUGGAAGCUUUUUUCACGCUGCCGCCCAGUCCCAUCAAUGCUAGUACCACCAACUCACUCGAGUUCACAACUGCAGUUUGCUCACCAACCGCUGCUGCCCAACUUCUCAAUCUUGACUGUUCGGGUGCCAAGAUUAAGAAAGUGAAAAUGCACAAUCGAAGGUGUCAUUUGCUGCAGGUGUAUGCUUUUGGAAUGAGAGGGGUCAAAAGAACAGCAAACAGUAUAAAGACCUUCGCCUCUACACCUGGUCUCGCUAUGGAAGCAUACGUUGCAAAACAGAUACAACUCCAUCUGGGAAAUGACAACUGCGCUAAAAAACUUCUCAACAACUACAUCAGUAUCAAUUCGUCUCGAGAACCCCAAGUGCUGUUUAUGCCAAUUGAAAAAACAAUAUGUAAUCAAGAAACUCGAGAAGUUUUGGAAGUUAGCGAUCACUGUACUUCUAGUAUUAGUGAAAAUAAUAAAGAAGUUAAUGAUAUCCAAGAACAAGGUGCAUUAAACGCGAAUAUUUUGGAGUCCGCGAAAAAUAUGACAACCAGGAGUCCUAAGCUUGCAAAACGAACCAUUUUCAUGGCGGGGCUAGAACCCUCAGAUAACGAAACUGUCGAAGUGCCUAUAAUAUUCCGUAUCUGGCGGAUGGAUAAUACGGGUGGAUUUUUCGAGAUCUUCAUGAAGUUGUGA